AUGGACUGGCCGACACUUGCAACACUGAUCGGGUCGCUGGCCAAAACUUCCUGGUCAACUGGACACAGCUUUAGACCGAGGAGCACCUUGGUUGCAGCUGAAUCGGGUGACGUUGUCAAUCACGUCGAAGUCACCAAAUGGGCGAACACCACAGGAACUACACCCAGCCCCGAUAUCGGGAAUGGCAGCCCCCUGGCUGGAAAGCAGUGCUCUGGAAGCCUCUCGCAUCAGACGGAGGAGAGCGUGCCAGUGGAGACCUUACCCUCGCAGCGCAGCACGCCCUCUCUAGUGCUCGUUGUCUCGGACAUUGUGAGCACAGAUCACGAAGACGAGGCGGACACGGGCAACAAGCGAAAAUGA